AUCGAUAGCAUGAGAUGGUCUUUCGCUACGGUAGGAAGACAAAGUGGACCAUAAAUGGCUACAAAGAUAUCACAUUUAGUUUCUCUUCUUUUGUCUUUACUUCUUCUACUUCUAUUUAUCUCCUCUCAAGUUGGAUUCACAGAAGCCAAACGCGACGAACGUAAAAAGAUGUCGUCUCCACCAAUUCCAUCUCCACUAAUUCCGUCUCCACCAAUUCCUCCUCCUCCCCCUCGUUUUUAUGUACCUCCUUCAAAAUCCCGCAGAGGAAAAGGCCCAUAAACAAAUUGAGUAAAAGGCUCAUCAAGAAAAAUUAUUAAUCAUAUAUGGUUUCAUACAUGUAUUUGUACUCACUUUAAUAAUUCUAUUUGAUUAUAUAAAUAAAUGAUUGGUUUUUGCAUUGUCUUAUAUGAAACAAACCAAAUAUAUAUGUAGAUGGCGCAUAAAUAAGUUUGAUGUUUCACGCGAUGGGGGAGGCGUGAUUCACGUGUCAUAGACUCAUACAAUCAUACAAUAACUUCACUGUAUAAUAUAUCAAUAAAAUGUGAUGUAGUUUAGUAAACCCAGCAAGUCGGAAAUUAACUAUUUUGUCGGCAAAAUAGCAAAAAU